GGCAGGAGGCUGCUGCUAGCUAAACUACUCAAAACACUCCGCAGGUGAAAGUGAAGCAGCGAUGAACCGACCAGGUUUUGGUGGGGCUUCAACGUCAAUGAACUUCUCCACAAGGGUUACAGAAAAUGGAUGCUCACCCUCGGAUCUGACAGAGGAGGACAUAGACAAUCUAAAGAUUGAACUUGUAAAGAUAGAGGAUGAAAUUCAGACACUGAGGCAGGUGCUUUUGGUCAGAGAAAAAUAUGCAGCAGACAUCAGGAGGCAGCUGGGCAUGGGUCCUCUCAGUAACAUCAAACAGAAUCUGUCCAAAGGCUGGCAAGACGUGCAGACCUCAGCCCCAUAUCUCACAGCCUCGGCCACUCUGGAUGACAUCAGCCACUCCAACAUCUAUAUGAGGACACGGGAGGGUCUCUGUCAUGCAGGCCAGGUGACAUCAGCUGCAGUGUCUAGUGUGGGUGUGACCAUCACCAGGAGACUGGCGGAGAUGAGAGCUCUGCCUCUUCCCAGCCCUCCACGCCUCAGCCACACCAUGAGUGUGCCGACUAUGAGACAUUCCUCUACAUUUAAGUCUUUUGAGGAAAUGGUCGGCAGUGUAAAGGACAAAGUGAGCAGUGGUCUGACAAAUAAUGGAGACACCUCUGGGUUUGAAAGAAGAUCUUCACGCACAUGAGAUAAGCCCUUCUAACAUAACACAAACAACUAUUUUUCAUACUUUAAGUUAUUUAACAUUACUUUGCUCCCUCAUCUGUGUGAAUUUGUCCACUGUUAUUUAUUGUAUUAUUAUAACAUGACUAAUAGAAUGUAUAACAAGCAAUGAAAUAUUAUUUUAAACUUCAAUGUAAAAAUAGUCUUUUAAUAUGUGAAUGUUACAUUUCUGCGGCUGGAUAAAUGUAAUUUAACAGUUAUUUAUUUUGACAUGUGAGUUCAGCAAACCUGGACUCUGCUCACAGUAUGCAUUCAUUUGACAUUAAUUGUGACAUUAACAAAACAGAAUUUCAAAAGCAUGAAGUAUUUUUGUACUUAAAGA